AUGUUCGCCGCCGGCUCUCCGCCCUUCGGCGCCCGGGGCCGCUGUUCCCCGCGAGUGGUCGGGACCAGGCUGGACCCCUCCGUCCCCACGGGGAGGCCGGGAAGACCCCGACUGUCAGCGCACCCCGAGGAAGGCCCCUCCCCGCAGAAGUCCGGUCCGACCCACGCCUCCAGCCAGGACGGGCACGGACAGGUCGCAGGCCCUAGGCCAGGCCCUUCCCAGCCUCCCGGGGGUCAAGAGGAGCCAGAGAAGCUGAACCCCAGUGACUUGCACCUGGACCUCUGGUCCGGGGCCCCGGGUCUGGUGGCGGCACGCAGGCCCAGCCGGAGCCAGGCGGCCGUAACCCGAAACCGGUCGGGUCUGUUUCCCCUGCCGGGCCCCGGCGGCUGGAACCUGCAUUCCACACCAGACCUGCGCGGGCCGGCGGGAGCGGAGGCGGCUUCGGCCUGCAGAGAGAGCGGGGGUCUCUCCGGGCGGCAGAACCGGGUCGGAGCCGCCGCCGGGAGCUUCGGUCCGGCCCCGGCGGACCCGGAAGUAGCAGGGGACAAACCUCUGGACUGCGCGGAGCCCGGCCUCGCCCCCCGUCUCCUCCGGGCCGGGAACCUUGACGAGGCGUUUCCAGGGGUCGCCGAGAAGGCAGCGGAAGCCAGGACCCCCGACUCUGCUCCCCGCCUCCCCCGCGGGUCCAUCCUCAGUAAGUUCGCCCUGAAGUCUCUGUUGGGCCAAGCCCCCGCCGCCGCCCCCGCGGUGUUGAAGACGUUUCGGACCCUGGAGCCAGCGCCGGACCCGCUCCCCGAGCCCCACGACGAGAGUCUAGCCAGCCCGGGGACCGAGCAGGGCAGCGGAGACGGUCGGGCCGGGAAAGGGGAGCCCGCGACCCCCCAGCCUCCCCGAGCCCCGGCCCCGAGGACAAGCGGGGAGGAGGCUGUUCUGGACGGUGAGAUUCUGGUCCACCCCACCGGCGACUCCUCCUCCGAGGACGAGAAGAAGGAAGAGCGGGAGGAGGAGGAGGAGGAGGAGGAGGGACUCCAUCCCUCCAGCCCCGCGCCGGACUACGCGGAUCGGUGUGCGGUGCGGACCGUGCUUCCGGCGGUUCUGGGAAGAAGGGCAGUCCCCGGUGGGAAAGCCGAGGAGGAGACGAGCCCUGCUGUCCCCUCGACGCCUCCUCCCCUGCAGCCCACCCGUCAGCCUCUCAGCGAGGGGAGUCCACGGCGCCCGGAGUCCCACCGUAACGAAGCCGUCCCGGCUCAGGAAGACCCACAGUCGCCCAAAGGGACCGAAGAAGAGGAGAAGGAGGAAGAAAACAGGAGCAGAGACCACCCGGACGCCGAAGAGCCCCCCGAGCCCCCCGCCGGCGACAAGCCCUUUCAACUGCCAGCCUUCUUCAGCGGCCUGCGGGUGCUCAGAAAGGGGGUCCCGGCCGCCCCUGCCCUGGAGACCGCCCCCCUGGCCUGGGCCCCGCGCUCGCCGCCGGGCCAGAGCCCCAGAGCGCCCCCCGAAGCGACCCUGCCCCGGAAGGCUGGGGAGGCCCCUCUCGACCUCAGGGCUCCCACCUUCUUGGAGCAGCUGAGCCACCUGUUGAGCCUCGACGUGCACAAGGCCGAGGCGAAGCAGGAGCCGCGGGACGGGCCGGAGCAGGAGGCGGCGGCGGCCGGAGCGGCCGAGGGUGAGGAUGCGGGCAGCUUCCCGGACCCGGGCGACCGGAGAGUGGCCAGUCCCAAGCCCUCGGAGACGGCGCUGGAGGCCUUCAAGGCCCUGUUCACGCGGCCCCCGCGCAGGGGCGCCACCGCCGACGCGGCCGAGCUGGAGGCCAUCAAGCUCAAGAUGCGGCACGAGAAGGAAUCGCUGCGCGCCGUCUUCGAGAGGACCAGGCCGGGGGACUCCCUGACCGACCCCAAGAGCGAGCAGAGCCCCUCCGAGCAGGACGAUCGGACCCCCGGCCGGCUGCAGGCCGUUUGGCCGCCCCCGAAGGCGAAAGACGAAGACGAGAAGGUGGGGUUGAAGUACACGGAAGCAGAAUACCAGGCCGCUGUCCUGCACUUGAAGAGAGAGCACAAGGACGAGAUUGAAGACCUGCAGGCUCAGUUUGAGCUCCGAGCCUUCCGCCUCCGCGGGGAGCACGCGGUGGCCACCGCCCGGCUGGAGGAGACCAUCAAGGCGCUGCGCCAGGCCCUGGUGGCACGGCUGGGCGGCAGCGGGGAGCGCAGCCGGGACGUGUGCGUGUCCACCGACGAGGACCAGCCGCCGAAGACGUUCCGCAGCGUCUUCAUCCAGACCGACCGGGAGACGUUCCUCAAAGGCCACGACGGGGACGGGGACGGUGGCGGCGGGGGGACGGGCAAGGCCUCACAGCCCCCGCCCAAGAAGCUGACCAUCUCCUCUCUGAACCAGCUCUCUCCGCUGGGGGACGCCACGGACCCGGGCUCUGCCCCCCACACCUCGAGCCCCCUGAGGUCGCCCCCGCCACCCCUGACCCCGUACCCCCCAGCUCCACCUCCCCCUCCGGCGCCUCCACUCCCAGCGCCAAUUCCAGCACCCCCAGCCCCGGGGCCCCCCCCCCCUCCGCCACCCCCACCACUGACCCUUCCAGCGCCCGGGCCCCCGCCACCGCCCCCACCCCCACCUCUGACCUCUCCAGCCUCGGGGCCCCCACCCCCUCCGCCACCCCCACUGCCAUCCAUCCCCGCUCCCCCACCCCCGCCCCCGGGAGCCGGACCCCCGCCCCCGCCCCCUCUGGGGUUCUUGUCAGGGGGAGGGGCAGCCUCCCUCCAGGCCCCUCGCAAGCCGGCCAUCGAGCCCGGCUGCCCCAUGAAGCCUCUGUACUGGACACGGAUUCAGCUGGGCGCCGGCAGCCCUAGGGCGGCCCCCACGCUGUGGGAGACCUUGGAAGAGCCGGAUAUCCGGGACCCUAGCGAGUUUGAAUAUCUAUUCUCCAAGGACACUGCCCAGCAGAGGAAGAAGCCGCUAUCCGAGACCUACGAAAAGAAAAGCAAAGUCAAAAAGAUCACCAAGCUGCUGGCAGGCAAGCGCUCUCAGGCCGUAGGCAUCCUGAUCUCCAGUCUGCACCUCGAGAUGAAGGACAUUCAGCAGGCUAUCUUCCAGGUGGACGACUCAGUGGUGGAUCUGGAGACGCUGGAAGCCCUGUAUGAGAAUCGCGCCCAGCAGGAUGAACUGAUCCGAAUCCAGAAACAUUAUGAGACGGCGAAGGAGGAGGAGGUGAAGCUGCUGGACAAGCCGGAACAGUUUCUUUACGAGUUGGCCCAGAUCCCAAACUUUGCUGAGCGCGCCCAGUGCAUCAUCUUCCGCUCCGUCUUCUCCGAGGGCAUCGGUGCUGUGCAUCGUAAAGUGGAGAUCGUCACGCGGGCAUCUAAGGGCUUGCUGGACAUGCAGAGUGUGAGGGACAUCCUUGGCCUAAUCCUGGCCUUCGGCAACUACAUGAAUGGGGGAAACCGGACCCGGGGCCAGGCCGACGGCUUCAGUUUGGAGAUCCUCCCCAAGCUCAAGGACGUCAAGAGUCGGGAUAAUGGGAUCAAUCUGGUGGACUACGUUGUGACCUAUUACCUCCGGCACUACGAUGAGGAGGCGGGAACCGACAAGAGCGUUUUUCCGCUCCCUGACCCCCAGGAGCUCUUCCUGGCAGCCCAGGUCAAGUUUGAAGAUCUCCUGAAAGACUUGAGGAAGCUGAAGAGGCAGCUGGAAGACAGCCAGAAGCAGAUGGCCGUGGUGUGCAAGGAGUCCCCGGCGGAAUAUCUGCAGCCCUUCAAAGACAAGUUGGAGGAGUUUUUCCAAAAAGCCAAGGAAGAGCUCCGCACCGAAGAGAGCCGCCUGGCGAAGGCUCAAGAGAGUUUCGGCUUGACCGUGGGGUUCUUCGGGAUGAAGCCCAAGGCGGGUGAGAAAGAGCUGGCGCCGAGCCACGUGUUUUCCGUGUGGCACGAGUUCUGCAGCGACGUCAAGGCCACCUGGAAGCGAGAGAACAAGAACAUCUCCCAGGAGCGGCUGAAGGAGGCGCAGGCCACCGUCAGGAAGUUAACGGCAGAGAAGAAGGUGGAAACGCGUAGGAUGAAUCCCGCGGCUAGUCUGAAAGAGCGGCUGCGGCAGAAGGAAGCCAGCGUUAUCCCAAACUGAGCGGAGCCCCUGCCCCAGGCCCAGCCGGAGACCCCGGGGGCGCAGGGUGGGGCGGCGCGACCCCGGCCGCUAGGAAAAACCGAAACGAACGAAUCCCGGGCCUCGCCUUGCUGAACAACGGGCCGUGUCUGCCUCACUUUCCCAUUCUUCCCGGACUGGGGUGGAGCGGGCGGGCCCCGCCACUGGACGCGCGUCCGGACCGAGCGUCGCGGCUUGGGAAGAGCUGUGCCCCGGGGUGGUAUCCGUGGGCCACUCUCCGGGCAAGGGGCAGUGCCCAUGGGCCACCCUCCGGGCAGGGAGAGGUACCUGUGGGCGCUGGCUCCCCUCUCCACCUCACCUCUGGAGCCCAGGCAGCGAAGCCUUUAUGCAGCGUCUCCCUAGGCGACUUCCCUGGACCGAAGCCAGGACAAGUGGGCGGAACGGGCCCGGCAGCCCCCUCCUCGCUCGCUGGCGGGGCCAGCGGCUGCGACCCCUGCAUCAGAGUCUGGGGGCGGGCAGAGUAGGUAGGGGCUGCAGGGGGAUCUAAGAGGGCCAAGAGGGGGCCCGAGACUCCGCCGCCCCCCGCUUCGGCACGCAGCCCUGGGGCUCUUCGCGAGGGGGCGAGUCCCGAUCCCGUGCGUGGGUUGCAAGCUGUGGGAGGAGCCCCGCGCGGGACAGGGUCCCGGGAGUUUGGUCCGAGGAGAGAGCAGAAGGUUCCGGGAAGCCGGGUUCCCAGUCGUGCGCUGCGUCAACCGUGUAGUGGAAACCAUGUCAGACUUCCUUCCGGUUAGGCUCAAAUCUGUCUCUUAAAGAGCAUGAACUUCGAGGCCACAACCGCUGCGCUAGACAGAAUAAGGGCGGGAUGGGGGGGUUAUUUUUCUGAAAUUAAAGCUUCAUUGGCUUACUCAAAAAUAUUUUUGAAUGGAAUAAGUUCACUGAUUCAGGUUACGAACCCCCUCUGGGUUUUGAAGAGAAUUUUCAGGUAUGUGACCCUUGCAUCCCUGGAACAAAGCGAAGAAAUUUUCCCGGAUUGGUUUGGAUUGGACUCUCGGAGACUAAUGCAGGCAGGUGGAGUACUCAUUUCCCAAAGAAGCAGGAGGAGGGGGAGCCCACGGUGUUUAGAAAAAGAAACACACAGAUUAGCCUUUGCAAGGCUUGUGUAUAUAACGCGUCUCUCCCCGCGGCUCCCGAUCCCAGCAAGCGCCUGUUUGUAUAUCUGGUGCGCAUCCUGCAGAUUAUAAAUUGUGACUGAAGCACUCA